GUUCUGCGGGAAAAGAUGCAACAACCAGCACAAGGAAGUGGAAUGAAGAAGUGCUGCGGAGGAACAUCGAAGAAGAUGCAACCACCACCACCACCACAAGGAGGAGGAACGAAGAAGCAAAGAGGAGUAUGCUCAUGCCCGGCGAAAAAGUGCUUCGGAGGACAAGGAGGAGGAUAUUCUAACAUGACUGAGGAGGACAGCAAGAAAUACAUUGAAGAAGGGUAUGCAUGCCCCAGUAGUGAUAAAUACUUCAAUCCAGAUCUUAUUCCCGAUGGCGCUUUGCUCAAACAUCACCCUGAUUUUCAAACUAUUUGGUCCCGUUACCGACGCCAACUAAAAGCAACCAAUAAUAUGGACAUGGAUACCUAUCCUGGUAUGUCUGAUUUGAUUGUGGUAUGGCCAUUAAACUGGCCCAAUACCACCAAGGAGUAUUACAGUGAAGUCAACGACCUGGCUAUCUUUGCUAUCCAGGAAUACAAUAAGGAACCGUCCCAUUUUUUUAAGUACGAGCUCUUGAAGAUUGAGAAAGUGAACGCACGGCUGUCUGGAUAUCUUGAAUUUUUCAUCACUGUUAAAGUCAGGAAUCUCACUCUUGGUACUGUUGUCGAAACUUUUCAAAUACAUACCGGUAGAGACCUGUUUGUGCGUUUUCAAGUACUUGCCGGCACCCUGGCUCAGCGUUCUGAAGAUAUUUAUUCUUGUCUGCCAAAAUUAGGGGAUUCGGUAGAUAGUUUCGAGGAAGAACUGGCUUGUAGCGAAUUGAGACAAUUUUCACCUGAGAAGAAGCCAAGUUCUGCAGAAGAAUUACUUGCCUGGCAGAGGGAACUGCCCCGCCGGUUUUUGGCUAAUGAGGUUCUAUGGGACGACGAUGUUUUCAUCCCCGAGGACGCUUUGGAGAAGCACCCCCCUAUAUUUCGCAGAAUUUACCGGAGAUACUUCAAUCAGAUUUGUGAAACCGAGGGUUUCGACAUUGACAUCUAUCCCGGUGAUUCUAUGGCUGCUAUGUAUAUACCGUACCUGGAUUUUGAGAAAGAAAUUGGCUUGCUGAUGGAUCUGGCUAAACAUGCUAUUCAGGAGUACAACAAUAGAGAAAUUGACGAUUACAAGUACGAGGUCGAGUCUAUUGAAAAAGUGAACUUUAUUUUGGCUGAAUGUCGUGAAUUCUUUAUGACGGUUAAAGUUAAAAAUCUCACUCUGCGUACACCCGUAGAAACUUUUCAAAUCCAUGCAUAUAAGGGACCAGAUGUGGAGAAUGUUGUCCGUACUUGCCGGAAAAAGUUGUUUGAGGUUUUGGUCGACGAAGAAAUGGCCGGUAGCAAAUCGAGACAAUUUUCACCUGAAAAGAAACCAAAAUCUGCAGAAGAUCUAAUUGCCUGGCAGAGGGGACUGCCCCGCCGGUUCUUGUCUAAUAUUGAGGUUUUUUGGGAUGCCGAAGUUUUCAUCCCUAAAGGCGUUUCAAAGAAGAACCCUGCUAUAUUUUGCAGCAUUUAUAGGAGAUACUUCAGUCAGAUUUGUGAAACCGAGGGUUUCGACAUUGACAUCUAUCCUGGUGAUUCUGUGGCUGCUAUGUAUAUACCGUACCUGGAUUUUCAUAAAAGACUUGUCGUGCUGAUGGAUCUGGCUGAACAUGCUAUUUGGGACUACAACAAUAGAGAAAUCAGCAUUUUUAAGUACAAGCUCUUGAAGAUUGAGAAAGUGAACGUAUGGCGGUUAGGAGAUCCUAAACAUUUUCACAUACCGCAGCGAGGAUAUUGUGAACAUUUCGUGACUGUUAAAGCCAUUAAUCUCACUCUUGGUACUGUUGUCGAAACUUUUCAAAUACAUACCAGCAGCCUGGAAUAUGUCAUUUCUUGUCUGCCAAAAGGAGCACCUUAUGAGGGUUUGGUCGAUAGUUCCGAGGAAGAAAUGGCUGGUAGCGAAUCGAGACAAUUUUCACCUGAGAGGAAGCCAAAUUCUGUCGAAGAACUACUUACCUGGCAGAGGGAACUGCCCCGCCGGUUCUUGGCUAAUGAGGUUCUAUGGGAUGACAAUGUUUUCAUCCCCGAGGACGCUUUGCAGAAGCACCCCCCUAUAUUUCGCAGAAUUUACCGGAGAUACUUCAAUCAGAUUUGUGAAACCGAGGGUUUCGACAUUGACAUCUAUCCUGGUGAUUCUUUGGCUGCUAUGUAUAUACCUUACCUGGAUUUUGUGGAAGAAAUUGGCUUGCUGAUGGAUCUGGCUGAAUAUGCUAUUCAGGACUACAACGAUAGAGAAAUUGAUGAUUACAAGUACAAGGUCGAGUUUGUUGAAAAAGUGAACUUUAUUUUGGGCGAAUGUCGUGAAUUCUUUAUGACUGUUAAAGUUAAAAAUCUCACUCUUGGUACACCCGUAGAAACUUUUCAAAUCCAUGCAUAUAAGGUACCGGAUGUGGGGAAUGUUGUCCGUACUUGCCGGAGAAAGUUGUUUAAGUUAAGUUGAAUUGAGAAGAAGCUUCGCCGGAGGCAAGGAAAGAGGCAGCUGAACUGAUGCUUUCUAAAUCUAGUACUAGUUGGGAACACUAUAAUAUGUAACUAAAGCGGUUAAUGUUUAUUGACGUCUUUAUUAACUGUAGAAGUA